AUGGGAAGCCUGCACGUGCAAAUGGCACCGGGCAGUGCAGACCGAAAUCGGCCUGCAGACGAGGAUUCGCCAAGUGGGAAUCAAGGAUCCAAGCGGAUGCGCUCCCACGUCGUGCGAGGUCAAAUACCACAGGACUUGGAAGAGCAGCUUACACAGCCAUUCACAGAGGAGGAGCGGCAUCGAAUUUUCGAGUCGGUCGGCCUGAACCAGGCUGAGCGAUUACCGGAAGGACGAUCUCCUAUAGCUCUAUGGCUCUUUGGACCUCCAGCCGCGGGCAAGACAUCUAUCAGUGACGAUUUCGAAGUCGAGUUCUUCGGACGAUCAGGCAAUGCCGUUUGCAUUGAUGGAAGCCACGUUCGCGAUGCGCACACAGGCUUCCAGCAGGUGCUACAGCACGGCAUUGAGAACGAAGUUAUCCAUGCAGAUGCCUGGACUAAGCUGAAGGCCACCAAGCACGUCGAGAGGCUGAAAGAAGAGAUAUUCGAAAUAGCUGUCCGGAAUCGUCAGAACGUAAAGAUCUGCGAUGCCUGUCAGAAGCCAGAUCGGGUGCGGAAAAUGCUUGCAUUGCUGGAAGGUGCGGACUUCGAGAUGCAUGCGCUUCAAAGCGAGUUCUUUGUACCUCGUUAUAUGCGAGUAGCUCGUCCGCGACAUUGGACUUUGCAAAGCACUGGGACGAACAGAUCAGGCAGGGGAACCCGCGCUACAAAAGCUUGGUGCUGCUGGACAACACGCCGAGACCACCUUUGCGUAUUUCCCUGGAAGAGUUCGAGGCUCGGACGAAUUGGCCAUCAGCCGAAGCAGCGCAGCACUUCCAGCGGUUCCAGGCAAGCGCCAAGGAAGGAUGAGGAGGCUUCGGACAAGACGCUGAGCCGCUUAGUCUCGAGAUGGGCCGGGUCGACCUCUGCUCCCGAACUCGAAGAGCCAGGUGAAAGUCUGGCGUCCGUAGCCAUGGUGCCGGUGAGUAGCAGGGCGGGUUACGCAGACGGCAGCACCCCCCACCGUUCGCGAAGGGUUUUGGACUGGACAUCGCUGCGGGAGGUUCAGCAGCCUUCCAAGGAGAUGCGGCAGAUUCCCAACCCAGCACCGGUGAUCCUCACCUCUUCCAGGCGCGGUGAUGUCCGAAAACCGCUGACGGGCACGCUGAGCCCGCACGAAGGAAGUCCGCCAAGUCCGUCGAGCCCGACCUCGUGCCGAGCUAAAGACAAGGCGGAUGCGUUGCAGAAGGUGUUGCAGCACACUGUGGAAGAUGUGGCUCGGCGGUUCUUUUCUCGGUCCGAAAAGCUGUUGGCCCCAGAAGUGGCAGAGGAUGAUGUCCCUCUCACGCUGCCGGGUGGCGUUCCUCGCAGUAGCAGGACUGGCAGCGAGACGUCAGGUUUGGGUUCCAGCUUUGGUGACUCUUCUUGCCAGGCAACGCUGCCCAUCCCAGGCAGAGCUGCGCCAGACAUCUCCAGCUCAAUAAACACCGACAGGCUUUCAGACAGGCCAGGUAGCACGGAAAGCGGAAAGCGAGCUAUGCUUGCCGCGCGACGGGCGCUCACCUCCUGCUUUGAUGGGGUGCUGGACAUUUUCCAAGAUGUGCCAAGCUCUUUGGGUUGGGCGACCUCGCUUGGAGGUGCUCUGACUCCUGUUGGGGAGUCAGAGCCCCUUUCAUUGACAGUAAAGUCAGGAAGUCCCCCUCCAGAUCUGGUCGGCGCAUACCUGCGGGUUGGUCCGAAUGCGCAAUACUGGCCGCCGAAGAAGCGCACCCAUGCUUUCGAUGGAGACGGAAUGGUUCACGCGGUUCGCCUCUCCGAGGGCAAGGCAUCCCACUGCUGCAAAUUCAUGGAGACGCCUCGAUACCUCUUCGAGAAGGAAUACGGCAAGGAAUGGUUUACCCGGAUCGGAGAAUUCCAUGGCUUUGCCGGCCUCAUCAAAAUCUUGGCAACCGUCCCGAAAAAGACGAAGCUGACUAAUCUGCAGCCCAAUUUCGACGCCUCGACGGCCAAUACGGCCAUAGGAUACACUCCGGAAGGAAAGCUUUGGGCACUGAACGAGGGUGGCGCACCAUUCCAAUUCGCACUGGAUGAGGCCGGUGUUCCGAGAAGUCUUGGCUUCGACUCCUUGGGAGGAACCCUUAAGGAAUCCAUUUCUGCCCACCCUAAAUUCGACCUGCGGACCGGAGAGACCUUCUUUCACGGGCGAAAGCUCGCGGAAAACCAUUUCUACGCAGGCCGCAUGUUCAACGGUAGGCUGGUGGACCGACUGGAUGUGGAGUUGAAGGUGCCUGGAUUCCACCAUGACAUGUUCAUCACGGAGAACUACAUGGUUCUUGUGGAUGGAUCCACCCGCUUCACGCCAGAGGGAGUGGUAAAAGGGCAGCCGCUCUGGAACUUCGACCAGGGCCGGAACCUACGCUUUGGCAUCCAUCCUCGCAACGAAAAGCUGUCAGCAGAGAAGUUCGUAUGGGUUGAGGCGAAAGAGUCUGCCGAGAUUGUGCAUACCUGCUAUGCCUAUGAUGAGAACGGCAGAAUCAUUCUGUGGUCUCCGGUCGAGUUCUACGAGGCAGGUGCCGUUGAUGGAAUCUUGGGAGGGCUCGGGCCUGGAAAAAUGCAUCGAGUUGUUAUCGACCUUGCAAGCAAAUCUGUGCAGAUAGAGAAGGUGACAGGAGGGGACGAGCACAUGACGGAGUUCCCCCGCAUUAGAGACGAUCGCAUUGGCAAGAGGGUGCGACAUGGUUACUCCGCGCUGCAGAUUCCUGGCUGCGACUUCAACUUCCGAGGAAUCCUAAAGUGGGACUUCGAAGCAUGCAAGCUGGAUGGCGUGAUUCGAUAUCCUGAAGAUGUUGUCGGUGGUGAGCCCAUUUUCGCCCCUCGUAACGGUACGGGCGAAGAGGAUGAUGGCUACAUGGUGGCUUUGCUUUUCAACGAGAAGACCCAGGAGUCAACCUUCGCGGUCUACGAUGCCAAGACCUUCUCGUCGACGCCUGUUGUUGAAUACUCUGUGCCGCGACGGGUGCCAUUGGGCUUCCAUGCUAUUUGGUUGUCGGAGGCGCAGUUUCAGAAACAGCUGCAAACGCUCCGUGCGUGA